AUGAGACCUUUUGGCUUGAUCUUUACGGUCAUGUUCUUGGUCUCAGCCUUUUCGGAAUCAAGAACCGCCGAUUGCAGAGUUCUCCUUGGUGGCUCAUCGGAGGAAAUAGAUCAGUCUAAAACUCAUGGGGUCGAUUCACGAAGUAAAGAAUUAUUAGGAGUCGUGAUACGUGGUUACAAAAGGCUAAGGUCGCUCUCUUCAGCUGGAGAGAGGAUGCACACGAUGGCUUCAGGACCGAGCAGGAGAGGUGCUGGUCACUAA